AUGCUUCCGUUGUUCAUGGUCAAACUGUUGUGGGACAAGAUGGACGAUGUGGCGGAGGGAGUAGGAGUGGGAGUGGGAGUGGGUGCCGAACACGAGGGAGAAGGCGACGGGGCACCACGCGUCGUGGUUGAGUACACCUUAGAGGAGGAGGAGGAGAUCGAGGAGGAUACAUCGAGGCAAGCUCAGCACGGGCGUACGGAGGAGCACGGAGUGGUGCUCGGGGAGCGGGUGGACGAGCGGGUGAAGCAUAUCGAGCAGGAGGCGACGGGGGACCAUGGGGCUGUCGAGGAGCAGGAGGGCGGAGCGGCUGCGCAGGAGGGUGGGGCGGGAUUGCAGCAGCAGGUGGGCGGGGCGGCUGUGCAGGUGGGUGGGGCAGGAGGGCAGCAGCAGGAGGGCGUGGCGGCUGCGCAGGCGGGUGGGGUCGGUGGGCAGCAGCAGGAGGGCGUCGCGGCUGCGCAGGAGGGUGGGGCGGGAGGAUAG